AUCAUAUCUAUGGAGACAUAUUACGGCCACGUACAUACCCCAACGGAUGCGAUCAUCCUCUUCGAGGCAUGUCGUAUCGGGGUCCUCCCCCGCGUCCAACGCCGCCUUUCCGAGAAGGAAAGAGCGAGUAUCAGAUCCGGUUCCGUCUUCGUCUGGGAUGAGCGAGAAGCAGGUAUGAGACGCUGGACGGACGGCAAGUCCUGGAGCGCAAGUCGAGUUGCUGGCUCGUUUUUGACGUAUCGCGAGAUGGAGGGAAAGCGUCUUCCGUCAGCAAAUGGAAACGGAAAAGGUUCAUCGGGUGAGGACUCGGGUGGUGAAGGCGAUCCGAACGAUGACGGGAAUCCCGGCACUUUUCGGUAUAAGCCGGAUGGGUUGAUGAAGCAGUCAUUUUCCAUCACGACAUCGAUGGGACAGAAGCUGCAUCUUAUCUCUUACUACGCCCGCUCACAUCCUUCGUCUUCUACGCUGCAACAGCCAUCGAACGAUCCCGCUCUCAAGGGUGUUCGCAUCCCUGUCGGCAUGUACCCAGACGCUUCCCUCGGCGAGACCAUCGCGCUCAACGCACCCUCCCCUCCACCAGGCAUUGGACAGGGACCCGUGGGGUUGCCUUCCCUCGAUAUUCCUGUUGAGAAGAUGAGAUGGACGGAGGAUGGUAGGGUCCUCGAUGUGCUCCGUGCGAGCUUGAAACUCUGAACGUGAAUGUGAAUGAACAGUGAUGUGAUGUACGGUACGAUAGCGUUUGGUUAUUUGUGAUUCAAGGAAUUUCUAGACGGGCAGGGCCUAGGACGCGUAUGGGAUGGGUUCUUUUGUGAUUUUUGUGUUUUGUUUAGGGUUAGACGCAGGCGCUUUUGGUGUAUGCUUUCUCUUUGGAUUGGCUUUGUGAAUUGAAUGGUUUCGUAUUGACUGCUGC